GCGGGAGCACCACCGCGCUUCCCAAGCGGCGCACUAUCCAGUGCGCCACCGGGCUGGCCCCAGCCACCUCUCUUGAUUCUGGUGGUGCAGAGGAUCAAGGCUGUGGAAGGGCAGACUCGGCUGCUGGUGGUGGACAAGGAGACGGAUGAGGAGCUGCGCCGGCGGCAGUUGACCUGCACCGAGGAGAUGGCCCAGCGAGGGCUUCCGCCCACCCACGACCCCUGGGAGCCCAAGCUGGACUGGACACGUGCAGGCAGUGUCAGCUCUGACCCUGGCCAGAAGGAUGUCAAUGGGCCCCCACGGGAGCUGCGUCCUCGGCUCUGCCACCUGCGAAAAGGACCCCAGGGCUAUGGCUUCAACCUGCACAGUGACAAGUCCCGGCCUGGCCAGUACAUCCGCUCUGUGGACCCGGGCUCCCCUGCUGCCAGUUCCGGCCUCCGUGCCCAGGACCGGCUCAUUGAGGUGAAUGGGCAGAAUGUGGAGGGGUUGCGUCAUGCUGAGGUUGUUGCCAGCAUCAAGGCGAGAGACAAUGAGGCGCGGCUGCUCGUGGUGGACCCUGAGACGGACGAGCACUUCAAGCGGCUACAGGUCACACCCACCGCGGAGCAUGUGGAAGGUCCACUGCCAUCACCUGUCACCAACGGGACCAGUCCUAUCCAGCUCAAUGGUGGCUCAGCAUGCUCGUCCCGAAGUGACCUGCCCGGCUCGGACAAGGAUGCCGAGGAUGGCAGUGGCUGGAAGCGAGACCCCUUCCAGGAGAGUGGCCUCCACUUGAGCCCCACCGCGGCCGAGGCCAAGGAGAAAGCUCGAGCCACGCGGGUCAACAAGCGGGCGCCGCAGAUGGACUGGAACCGCAAGCGCGAGAUCUUCAGCAACUUCUGAGCCCCUCCCUGCCCAAUCCUGGGCCCCCGGCCGCCUCUGCACGGGCUUGGGCCGCCCAGAGCUCCCCAAGCCUCAGUGGACUGGAGGGUCGUUCCUCUACCACUUGGAAACCCACCCAUGCCCCAGUGAGCUCCUGUCCUGUCCGCCACCCGCUUGGUGCCGGGGGCAUGUCACAGCAAGAUGGGAGAGGGACGGAGAGAGAGGCAGUGGGCAGAGCCAUGGGCCACGGGGGUGAGGGCCUGCGCUGCCUGCCCUGGGCCUGCUGACUGAAAGGAAUUUGUGUUUUCGCUUUUUUUCCAAAAAGAUCUCCAGCUCCACAUGUUUCCACUUCAUACCAGAGCUCCCUUCCCCCACCCCCUUGGGACGCGCUCUCUAAAUAAUUGCAAUAAAACAAACCUUUUUCUGCAAACCAUUUCCUCCCCCACCCCCUCCACAGCGGCCAUCCUGAGGGGGAGUCCUAGGGACUUCCAGGGGACAGAGAGAGCUGGGGCCCCCAGGCUGUGCUCGUGGGGGCUUCAGGGUAAGACUGGGAGGCCAAAUGUGGCUGUAGGAGCUGCCCCCCGCCCCUCCCGGUGUGGAUAUCACUAGGCCAGACCCACACCCCCAGCUCCCCUGUCCAGCUACCCCAUGCUGCCCCUCGCCCUGCUAGGGCCUGGGAGUGUGGGGCAUGAGAGCAGGCCCAGGAGGCACCCGGCUUCUGGGCUGACCCUGCCUUGCACCUGCCUCACGGAGACCCUGCUGACCACCUUUUCCUCCUGUGCCCCGAACCCCCAAACUGACCGGCACUGCUGUCUGCCUCGUAAGCCAUAGCGCGUGUGCGCCCUCUGAAUAAACAGGGCUUGUCUCUGA